AUGUUCACGCCAGAACGGGUCGAUGCUGUACUGAAGAUGAACGAGAGCGACACUUAUUACCAAGAGAUCCUUGCAACACUCGCCUUAACUGCAGAUACCGCGGUCGCAACGCCUUUGACUCUCAGCUCUGCCACUUCAUGGUCGAGCACGAUUCGCAUGAAUGUUGGUGCAACAGCAGGGACAUACCUCUUGACCGGCGACAGCAAAUACUCUGAAUGGGUCGUAAACAGCAUUCUACUGCUUGCAAAUCUCUCUGACUGGGAUCCAUCCGACUUUCUGAAUGCGGCAGAUAUUGCAAUGACAGUCUCAAUUGGCUAUGACUGGGUAUAUGAUAUGAUGACGGCUGCACAACGGACUACAAUACAGUCAGCCAUAGUCAACAAAGCUUUUAUUCCGGCCAUGAACACCUCUAUUGAUUCAUGGAGCGAACAUACCAAUAAUUGGGCCCAGGUCACACAUGCAUGCUUGAUCAUCGCUGCCCUGGCAAUUGGAGACAUCAACUCCACCCUGGCAAAUGAGAUCAUUGAAUUCUCGGUCCCCAAGCUGAAUGUUUCUUUAGAGCAAUAUGCUCCCGAUGGGGGGUGGAUUGAAGGAUACUCAUACGGUACAUAUGCUGGUAUAUUCCUCGGUCUGAUGAUGAAGUCGCUGGACACCGCUUUGGGUGACGACCUAGGCAUAUCUGGUUUACCUGGAAUGAGUGGCUUGGGAGCCUGGUUGACUCAAGGGUUUGGCCAGACUGGUGGCUUUAGCUGGGGUGAUGGUGCUUGGACGUUCUCCAAUGCAAACAGUUUAUGGAGUGCAGGAUACUGGGCUCAGCGGUUCAACAAGCCUGAAUGGCUCCAAGGGAUGCUUUCACGCUUCACCACCGCCCAGGCAGCAACUUUCCAAGCUUUCCUAUUCUAUAACUCUAGUCUCAUGACGCCUAGUGUUUUGUCCACCAUGCCGCUUUAUGACCAGUUUACGGGUGUUGCCGGUAUGACUUAUCGCACAUCCUGGACUGACUCGGAUGGAUGGUACUUUGGUUUCAUGGGUGGCUUUAACGGUCGCUCACAUGGCCAUCUCGAUGCCGGCUCCUUUGUUGUCGAUUAUAAGGGAUAUCGAUGGGCGGAGCUGCUUGGGUCGGAUAGCUACAGCCUGACGAAUUACUUCGUUGGGUCUCGUCGCUGGACAUACUAUCGAUGCAGGAGUGAAGGUAGUAAUACGCUGAGCAUUUCAAACGUUUCGCAAACUCCUCUGCAGUUUGCCAAUCAGAUUCCUUCGUCAAAUAAUUCUCUCCGAUGGGUGGGCAGUUUCGAUAGCUCUAGCCGGUUUGGUGUUGCCAAUCUGACUCAGGCAUAUGCGAACGUGACAACCAGUGUCCUGCGUGGUGUUGCACUUUUAAAAGACUCUCAACUCGUUAUUCGGGAUGAAGUUCGCGCCACUAAGGCGAUUGACAUUGCUACUAGCUGGCACACAACGGCCAAUAUCGACAUAGCGACCGACAAUCAGACAGCCACAUUAACACAAGACAAUAUCACCAUGACCGUCACAUUGCUGUCACCUUCCAAUGCUUAUCUAGAGGUCAUCGAUACAAAUCCCUGCAAUGCUUAUACCCCCUGCUCCGAGGCCACCAACUCUGGCGUAUACAAUCUUGCUGUCCGACUGACAGGUUUGACUAAAGAGGCUGAUAUAUUGGUUGCUCUGUCGGAAAGUGGAACUGAACUUGAAACCUUUGAAUCGGCCUUGAGUGAAUGGUAUUCUCUGUGCAUCGUGGAUUGCUGGGAGUCCGCAGAUUUUCAAGAUCCAUACUGGCUGGACGAUUCUGAAGUCUAUUACUAA